AUGAUCCCCCCCCGGGCUUUCAGGCUUUUGCGGACCUCCUGGACCCGCCAACCCGGAUCUCGAUGGAUCCACGUGGACCACCCGCCCAUCGAGCCCACGCUGGUCACCAGCUACGCCCACGGCACCGCCUCCGUGUCCAUGCUGCACCACACGGUGGGGGGGGUGCUGCAGAGCACCGUGGAGCGAUGGCCCGACCGGGAGGCCUACGUCUUCGUGGAGGACCGAGUCCGAAAGACCUUCGCACAGUUCCAGCAAGAUGUGGACCAGGCCGCUGCCGGCCUGCUGGCCCUGGGACUGAGGAGGGGGGACCGCCUCGGCAUCUGGGGGCCCAACACCUACGAGUGGAUCCUGUUCCAGUUCGCCACGGCCAAAGCCGGGAUCAUCAUGGUGUCCGUGAACCCGGCCUACCAGACGCAGGAGGUGGAGGUCGCCCUGCGCAAGGUCGGCUGUAAAGCGGUUUUGUGCCCGGCGCAGUUUAAGACCCAGAACUACUGCAACAUGCUGAGGCAGAUCUGUCCAGAGCUGGACUCCUGCAGCCCGGGGGAUUUAAAGAGCGCCAGGUAA